AUGACUCAAAAGACCACCGCGGACGACCUCCUCUCGGUUCUCGCUCUAGACGAGCUCCCAACCGAUACCAAAAUCCAGAAGGACUAUGGUUUCGAUCGUUGCCACACUGCCAGUGAUAUGAGCAACCUCUUGGGAGUAUACAAAACGCUGCUGGUCAACAUCGGCGUCAAGCCCAAGACGCUGGACGAAUGGAUGAAGCAGGGGAAGAAAGAUCUGGCUGCGAAUAUACGGGAAAAGCUCGAGUUGAAAUCCCAUAGGGUUCAUAAGCCUCUCCUCUUAUGGUUUUAUCAAGCCAAACAUAUAUGGAAUGCUCCUGAGCCCCAGGAAAAGGCUGCUGCGGCCGAGCCAUCCACCGCACAGGCAAAGUCAGAGGACUAA